AUGGGUCUUAAUAAAAACGCAAUAGUGGAUCUAUCAAGAGCCAUCACUCGGUGGGGUAUGCUAUGUGAAAGACGCACGUUGUCCAGGAUUUUUUCUAUUAAUCUUUCCUCCAAAUCAUAUGAGAGCGUGAGUGAUGCGGCCGGAAACAGAGCUCGUGAGUUCAUGACCGAAAAGGUUCCAAACAAGAUGUACAAUCCCUCGGAAAAAACAGGGGAUAAGGGGAAGGAUAAUUGUGCUAGUGAUGAUAAGGAUGAGUCGAUAAUGGAGAAUUUUGUCGGUGAUGAAAAUGAGCUUAUGCAGAAAGUGGGCAAGGAGAGAGGAGGAAAGCCUGUGGAUGAAGUUAAGGGGUUGGAUGUUAAUUGGCGCCCUAUUGACGAGAACAAAGUUUAA